GUUUAUUUUUAUCCAUUGUUAGUUCGUACCUCUCAUCAAACAUCUCGUAUAUACGUUUUGUUGUGGUUUAAUCGCGGUACCGUUUGUACAAAGUGACUCACUUUAUGUACGGAUGGUGAAAGGAUUAGAUUAGUCUGAAAGUGAGUGUAAGUGCAAAAUGGUCCGUAAUACGGGUAUGGAACAGUUGAUUCCGAUUGUGAACAAGCUACACGAUACUUUGUCUCAAUUGGGGUACCACAGGUCUUUGGAUUUGCCUCAAAUUGCCGUGGUAGGCGGACAAUCAGCAGGGAAAAGUUCGGUUUUGGAGAAUUUCGUGGGAAGGGAUUUCCUUCCUAGAGGAUCUGGCAUUGUUACACGUAGACCAUUAAUUUUACAAUUAAUCAACAACCCCAAAGCAGAAUAUGCCGAAUUUACUCACUGCAAGGGUAAAAAGUUUGUGGAUUUUCUUGAGGUGCGCAAAGAAAUCGAAAAUGAGACUGAUCGUGUGACUGGUCAUAACAAGGGCAUUUCCAAUUUACCGAUCAAUCUGAAAAUUUAUUCUCCAAAUGUUCUGAAUUUGACAUUGAUCGAUUUGCCUGGCUUGACGAAGGUUCCCAUAGGAGAUCAACCGCCCGAUAUCGAAAAACAAAUAAGAGAAAUGAUACUUCAGUUCAUACGAAAAGAAUCGUGUCUAAUCUUGGCAGUAACGCCCGCAAACAACGAUCUCGCCAAUUCCGACGCCCUUAAAUUAGCCAAAGAGGUCGAUCCGCACGGUUUCAGGACACUCGGUGUCCUCACAAAGUUGGAUUUGAUGGAUGAGGGAACGGACGCGAGGGAAAUUCUCGAAAAUAAAGUGUUCCCGCUUAGAAGAGGGUACAUAGGAAUUGUGAACAGAUCGCAAAGAGACAUCGACAAGAGAAAAGACAUUAAUGAAGCCCAAUUGGCGGAGCAAAAAUACUUUUUAAGUCAUCCAGCUUACAGACACUUGGCCAGCAGAUCGGGCACUAAAUAUUUGCAACAAGUACUUAACGAACAGCUAACAAAUCACAUCAAAAAUUUUUUGCCCAGCUUGCGAGAGGACUUACAAAAACAGUUGUUCGCUUUGGAAAAGGAUGUGGAGCAGUUCAAGCAUUUCAGACCCGACGAUCCAACCGUCAAAACCAAAGCUAUGCUACAAAUGAUCCAACAGUUUUGUGUCAGUUUCGAAAAUCAAGUAAUGGGGGUGAAAUCUGGUGAAGUUUCUACAUCAGAUUUAACUGGUGGAGCAAGAAUUCAUUCUUUGUUUCACGAAAGGUUUCCUUAUGAAAUUGUUAAGAGUGAGUUUGACGAGAAGGAUUUGCGGGAACAAAUUGCAUUUGCCAUUUUUAACAUUCAUGCUAUUAGGAUUGGUCUAUUUACCCCCGACAUGGCUUUUGAAGCCAUAGUAAAGAAGCAAAUCGUACGUUUGAAGGAACCUUGUUUACUAUGUGUUGAUUUAGUUAUACAAGAGUUAGUUAAAAUUAUCCACUGUUGUACAGAAAAAAUGUCACAUUAUCCAAGACUGAGAGAAGUUGCAGAAAGAGUCUUGAUAAAUCACAUUCGAAGAAGAGAGUCUUUUUGCAAGGAUAAACUAGAAGCUUUCAUUGGAUGUCAGUUAGCAUACAUCAAUACAAAUCACGAGGAUAUUGCUCGAUAUUCAAGCCAACAAUCAGACAACACUUCGAACCCUUCGAAAGCUGCUCUAGUCAACCAGGUGAUAAGGAAGGGUUUCAUGGUGCUCCAAAACCUUAGUUUCAUAAAAGGUUCCCGCACUUUUUGGUUCGUUCUCUCUUCAAGUAGUUUAUCGUGGUAUAAAGACGAGGACGAACGAGAACUCCAAUUUAUCUUGCCGCUUGAAGGACUGCGAUUAAGAGACAUUGAUAAUCAUGGUUUCAUGUCAAAGCGGGACUGUUUCGCACUUUUUAAACCGACAAAUACCAACAUUUACAAGGAAUACAGACAAUUGGAGUUGGGCUGUGAGAGCAGGGACGAAAGUGAUUCCUGGAAGGCGUCUUUUCUUAGGGCUGGAGUUUAUCCAGAGAAACAUGUGGUUGAGGAAGAAACAGCCACUGCUGUUGCUGAGAAUAGUGUAUUGAAUGAUCCAACAUUAAAAAGACAAGUUGAAACGAUACGAAAUUUAGUUGAAUGUUACAUUAAAAUUGUGACGCAAACGACAAGAGAUAUGGUACCUAAAAUUAUUGUACAUACUAUAAUUAACGAUUUGUCCAAUUUUAUGUACUCUGAACUCUUAUUAAAUAUUUAUGCAACGGAAGAUCAGAACGUUUUAAUGGAAGAAUCCAUGGAAGAAGCUAAGAAACGCGAGGAGAAACUGGCGCUUUAUCACACAUGUAAAGAAGCCUUGAAAGUGAUAGGGGAUUUAUCUUUCGCCUCCAUUCCAAAUACACCUGAACCAAAAAUUAAUCGUAGUGUAAAUGGAUCAGGACCUGGAAGGGUAACCAGAAGGCCUCCUCCUCCACCUGUGAUACGUUAAAUGCUAGUAUAUAACAUUAUUGAUAAUUAAAUUGUUUAUGCGUAAUAAAUUAUUUAUAUACGUAAAUUAAAUAUAUUUAAAAAUUGUAUAAUA